AUUAUAUAAUAACUAUUUUAAAAGUGAACGUGUCUACUUCAUACGUUAGUGUCUGUGAAGCACUUAGACUUAAAAAAUGACAAUCCGACCGCUUCCCGGGCAUUUACAAGAGAAAGCUUUCAAAGAAUUGUUUGAGGAUCCGGAAAGAGUUGAAUCGGAUAUUGCAGCUAUACGGACUUGGCUUCAAAAACAACCGCACCUAGCAUCGGCUAAUCCGUCUGAUCAAAAGAUAGUUUCAUUCUUGCGUGGAAGUAAAUACAGUCUGGAACGUACAAAGGAAAAGCUUGAUAUGAGUUAUACACUGCGGUCUUUGGUGCCAGAAAUAUUUCAAAACAGAGAUCCUCUUGAUCCAAAAAUACAAAGGAUUUUAGCCAAAGGGGUAUUUUUGCCGUUGAGGAUAUGUGCUAAAGAUGGUUUUCGGCCAAUAUUAAUCAGGCUAAGUUCUGAAAUUGGUCCUGACGUCACCAUGGCAGAUAUGGUGAAGAUUAUUUUCAUGAUAAUCGAUUUGCUGAUUGAGGAAGACGAUAAUUUUGUCAUAGCUGGUCAGGAAGCGAUUUCAGAUUCAAAAAACCUGGGAUUUGCUCUACUGUCGCAAUUUACUCCAGCGUUGGCAAAGAAAGUUGUAACCUCGUUUGAAAAGGCUUUGCCAUUACGACUGAAAGCCGUUCAUUUAAUAAACACUGCUCCGGGAUUCGAAACAUCUUACAUAUUAUUAAAAACAUUUUUGAGCGAGAAAUUAAGGAACAGAUUUCAUGUCCAUAAUAAAAACUUUGCGGCGCUGUAUGAGACAUUCCCACAAGAGAUGUUACCAGAAGAGUACGGAGGCAGUAAUGGUUCUAUUCAGGAGCUGACUGAUUACUGGAAAGUUAAAGUGGAAAGCCGCCGCGACUGGUUCCUUGAAGAAGACAAAGCGCGCUCCAACGAGUACUUGAGACCAGGCAAACCUAAAACAACAUCCUCGCUAUUUGGAGUCGAAGGAUCAUUCAGGAAAUUAGACGUCGAUUAAUAUUUAAGAAAUAAGUAUUGUGAGGAUAAGAAUCAAUACUAUGUACAGCAACCGCAGAG